AUGCCCUCGCGGCCUCUACCGCUGAACCGACCGCUGGACGAGGACCCGGUCUCCCGAUCCGCAACGCCGGUGACGAACACCCCGCCCCGCGCACACGGCACGCCAGGCACGCCCACCCACCAACACACCGACAGCGGGGGCGGGGGCCCGAGCUCAAACGACGUGGAGAAGAUCUCGACCAUCGAGUCCAUAACCCUCGAGUACUCGUACCUCCUCUCGUCACAGCUGGAGGCAAUGCGGCAGCACUACGAGGCGCAAAUGGCCGAGCAGGCGUCGCAAAUUGCGCAACUGCGGGAGGAAACCGCGCGCGCAAAGUCGGUGCAAGACCAAGUCUCGGCGGCAGAGCAGCAGCGCGCUGCCGCAGAAGCCGCGCGCGAAAAGGCAGAGCGGAAAGCCGAGAAGGCGCUCGAGAUCAGCCGCGCCCUGCAGCAGAAUCUGGGCAGCGAGCGGGCCAUGUCCCAAGGUCUCAGUCACAAAAUCACAAAGCUGACGAGCGACCUGGAAAAUGUGCGCGCACAGCGCGACGCGAAGAGCAAGGAGGUCGAAGAACUGAACGAUACGGUGCGCGACCUCAUGUUCACACUUGAGGCUGGGAUGAAAUUGCAGGCUGAGGGGGAGGAGGGCGGGGACCUUGUCGUCAAGGGCGGCAAGGGGAAGAAGAAGAAGAAGUAG